AUGCAGCAUCCUCUGACGGGGGCCACCUGCGUGGCGCUCCCCAACGUGGGCGUGUGCCCCCAGCUUUCCUGUGCCUUGACUUUCAUGUACUUGCAUCAGGGUAACCAGGACGCGGCGGCCGCCCCGGACACCAUGGCUCAGCCUUACGCCUCGGCCCAGUUCGCUCCGCCACAGAACAGCAUCCCAGCGGAAUACACCGCCCCGCACCCGCACCCGCACCCCGCGCCGCCGGACUACACGGGCCAGACCACGGCCCCCGAGCACACGCUCAACCUGUACCCGCCCGCCCAGCCGCACCCCGAGCAGAGCGCCGACACCAGCGCGCAGACCGUGUCCGGGACCGCCACACAGACAGACGAUGCCGUACCGACAGACGGUCAGCCUCAGACACAACCUUCCGAAAACACGGAAAACAAGUCUCAGCCCAAGAGGCUGCAUGUGUCCAACAUCCCCUUCCGGUUCCGAGAUCCUGACCUCCGACAAAUGUUUGGUCAAUUUGGUAAAAUCUUAGAUGUUGAAAUUAUUUUUAAUGAGCGAGGCUCCAAGGGAUUUGGUUUCGUAACUUUCGAAAAUAGUGCCGAUGCGGACAGGGCGAGGGAGAAAUUACACGGCACCGUGGUAGAGGGCCGUAAAAUCGAGGUAAAUAACGCCACUGCCCGGGUAAUGACAAAUAAAAAGACCGUCAACCCCUACACGAAUGGCUGGAAAUUGAAUCCCGUGGUGGGUGCAGUCUACAGCCCUGAAUUCUAUGCAGUGCCCGGCUUCCCGUACCCGGCUGCCACCGCUGCUGCAGCCUACCGCGGGGCGCACCUGCGAGGCCGCGGCCGUGCCGUGUACAACACCUUCCGGGCCGCGGCGCCCCCACCCCCGAUCCCAGCCUACGGCGGUGUUGUUUACCAGGACGGAUUUUAUGGUGCAGACAUUUAUGGUGGUUACGCCGCAUACCGCUAUGCCCAGCCUACCCCUGCCACUGCCGCGGCCUACAGUGACAGAAAUCAGUUCGUCUUCGUUGCAACCGAUGAAAUAUCUUGUAACACCUCUACAGUUACGGACGAGUUUAUGCUGCCGACCCCUACCACCACACACUUGCUCCAGCCCCCGCCUACGGCGUUGGUGCCAUGCCCCAAGGUUCCAGCCCCAGCACAGACUUCCGAGGAGCUAAGCUGCAUACUUCCAGACCUCUGCUGUCAGGCAGCUGAGCAUCCGACUACCCGCCCUCCCCUUUUACAAUUCAUGUUUAAAGUCAUAGUCACCCAGGAGAGAAAAUAG